ACAGACCCUUCAUCCACUGUCAUCCAUGGCGGCAGAUUUCACGGCGGGCCCGCUGUAUUCAUUACUGUCAUCCGUUGACCACGAACAAAGAGUGUUGUACAAUUCUCAGCUCAAAGUUCAGUAUGACAAGUGCGACUCGGAAUCAGAACGAUUUGGAAUUCUGAAGUUACUACUACCAACCGUCACCGCUGUGGAAGACAAGUCAGUGGUCGAGGAAACUCUCAAGCCCAUCGUACUAGAGAGCUUUCAAGUAGAUUCCAUGAUAUCUACUGAAAGCAUCGCCUUAAUUGUCUCAACACUAGCCGAACGCAUCGCCUCGGCUCUCGAUAAAGAUGAAACUGACUUUUCAAUUGAUCUCCUCCAAUUACUUUUAUGUGAACUAGUCACAGCUAUGCAAACCGAGGUGGACCUUGUGGAGCUCGAUCCAGUUGACUUCAUUGACGCACAAUUAGGUGAUAUAGCUGAAUGGAAAGCUAUCAAGGCGCAAGCCACGCGCGACUCACUCCCCGAUCAACUGGAUCUGGAAUGUUGUUUGGAUACGCUUAACCAAGUUCUACAUUAUGUACAAAACGACAAUGUAUGGAUAGACGUCAUUGGCUUGGUUGCUAUCUCUCUGAUCUCAUGUACCGACGCUACCUUGCGAACAAAAGCCGUGAACGAUGUCAUAUCCAGUUUGUAUUAUCGACAAGAAAAUGCCAGCAAAAAGGCGAAGAUUUGUCAGAUGUUGUGGGAGAGAACAUGCGGGAUCUUUUUUUUACCUGCAACAAAUUUGCUGCGUUCGGAAGUCUAUGGAUUGACGGCCAGAUUUUUCGAUUCUUACUUUGAACUUGACGACGAUACCGGUCUACCCAUGUUAGACCUUCGAUUGAAAGACCAAUUCUGGCAGCUUAUUCAGGCUGGCCUGAAGAGCAAAGACUCUACUGCACGAAAAUACGGCGUUUACAUUUUCAAGCGAGUCAUAGACCUCACCACCAAAAUCACUACACCUAAUAAUAUUGAAUGGACCCAUUAUUUCAAAUGGGAGGACGACAAGUCUCAAGCUUAUCAAAACUUGUAUGAAGACUUUUUCUUGCUGUACGAUAUCAUGCACGAGAACGUUCUUCACUUGGUGGAUCCUAUCCUACCACGAUUCGAGCUAUUGCUUUUCAGCUCAGAUCCUGCUAUAGAUCCGUCGUGGUGGACGCUUUUACUUUAUCGAGGAUUUCAAAACGAAGCUAUGUCUGUUCGUAAGAGAAUCCUGGAAUAUGUCUUUGGAUUCGAAACCAAGCAGUCAUUGCUCGCCGUAGCCAGACAAUACGACUUUUUAUUUGGCGUUUUCUUCGCUGCUAUCGAUGCAACUAGUCUGUACACUGUCUCGACUCUUGGUGCCAUGGUCAGCCCUACUGGGGAAAUGCUUCGUGGUUUCAUCCGUAAAUUAAUAGAAGCGGUAGAGGACGCCGAAGAAAAGGUUACCUUGAUACAACAACUCAUACAUCAUGUAGCCUUUGUCAUGACAAGCUUUGUUGCAAUGAUGUACGUCACCGAGGCGUUGACGGAUGUCGCACCUUGCAAGGCGUUUGGUCCCGAGGAACUCAAGUCUGUCAGAGUGUUGAUUGAUAAAAAUAUGAACUUUCAGAAACAGAACGCAAAAGUAUGGAUGCGACGGCUAUGUAUGCAGGCUGUAUUCCAGCUAUCGAAUGUUUCAGCGCUCGCAUUUGUGGACUUGGCAAAGACCAUCAACUCGCUUGUAAAUCGAUAUCCGAUGGUAGUAGAUUCUACAGAGUUCACCUUUAUGAAAUCAUGGAUCGAGCAAUACGAAACAGAACAUAAUGAUAAGGCUGUAGCUCAGCUGGCAAAAAAGACCAAAGAUUUUGUAGAUGAGCCAAUUUCUGAAUCAGACUCUUUGGAGAGUAUUCAAAAUGAAGCAAAUAUCAUUUCCCGAGUUGCGAUGUUCAGUCCGGAAUCAAGCGGCCAAUUUGCGCCGCUGAUUGAGAGAUUACAAGAGCUUGUCCAACAAGAAGACUGUGAUAACAACUGCCUAGCAAAAGUUGUUGUACUCCUGUUGACAAGUUGGUCUGAUUAUGAUGCAUUACAUGGUGGAGACGGUGCAGGUUACAUUGGCCUCACAUCUGAAGUGUGUGUCAAAUUAAUUCAAAAGAUGGAAUUGCUGUAUCUCGAGGGCGAUGUUGAUGCUGUUGUCGCUCAAACAUACGGCCCUUUCUAUGCCAAGUUCACGGAGUAUCUCCUUAAGAGCGAUAUCUUGACUACCACGUUCCGAUCUGACCUGCUUGUAAAGUAUGUGCAAAGCAGCAAAACAAAGAUCAAGAAUAGUAGCGAAAAAACGUUUGAUAAAGAGACAUCCAAAAUGAACUAUCUGCUUAUGGCGGGAAUGUCGUUUACCAUCGCAAAAGAGUUCAAACUACAAGGUCUCUUUACGGAUGUCACUGAACUUGCUGCCACUGCUGCAUCCUCCAGACUCAAGCGCACGCCAGAUUUCCAAUCGUUCGGCAAGACUUGGGGCUCGUUGGUUGACGUAUUCAUUUCAAGGAAAUGGAACUGUAUCACAGCUAUGAUGGAGUAUUUGCAAAUGGAUGACCAAGCGGCUCUCGAGGCAAUAGAUGCACAAGACCUUUAUGACCAUGCUGUAGACGAGCUGGAAGUGGCGUCAGAAAGCUGCGUCAUACCGAUCAUGAAGUGCAUUCAACUUCUCGUCGCUCUUCCGUUCGAAAAGUCGUUGGAAAUGAUCCAACCAUGUGUUGACCAUGCACUAGAGAUGAUCAACGCAAGCUCUAGUCAGAGUAACACUUUCCCUAAAAUCACGGCUGCUGUCAUAGAUAUGAUAUUUCAAGAAGAACUGUUGGCAAAGCCCGAGCUCAACGAAGAUGAUGGGCCGAUCAAAAAAGCAUUUCACAAGAUAUUUGAUUGGGGUGACUUAAGACCAUACAUCGUUACCCAAAUGGCGUCCAAUUACUAUCGGUAUUGGUCAAAGAUGUCGGAUACAAGCAUGGCUAGCCUUCAGCAAUACAAAUCCGAGUUCAUACAACUCCUAAUGUAUGGACCUAUCCGUUACCGUGACGAUCAGAAAAUGGAUGGAGCACUUUUGCUCAAGUCAACUGCGCUGGAAGAAAUAAACGAAACAGAAGGGACUGCUGAACUGAGCUUCAGUUUCAAUGACUAUGUUGUACGGGUACAAAUGAACAUCUUAUUGAUGAAGCUAAAGGACACUGACGAGUCCCAUUGCCAAUUCGCUGAGGGUGUGUUGGUUGAACUGCUUACCUUCAUAUCAUCCGAAAAGUACACACAUUUGUUUGUGUAUGUCAACCAGAUUGAACAUCGAUGCAAGCUGCGAAUGGUGUGCGCCAUCAUGCUACUGCUGAAGUUUAUAAACGAGAACAACGUCGAGAAAUAUAUAAAGCUGUUCUUUGAGAGUCUCAAGAAGGAAACCAUGGUGUCCAUCAGAAGCUACUUAGAGUGGGCGAUGGUGCGCAUGCUCUCAAAGUUCCCAUCCCACUUUUCAUUCAUUUAUGCAGAGCUACAGAAUGCCAACCCCAAGGCACAUGUCAUGAUAUCGUUAAUCACUGUUACCAUGUUUGUUGGACAAGGCAUUUCGUCUCAGGAACUCCCUGCUUAUAUAGACAAGACAUUGGCAUACCUGCUCCCCUGGCUUACCAGUAACCACCAUACUAUUCGCCUUAUAGCUCAAUGCGCUCUCCGACGAAUUUGGCUACGAUAUAAAAGCAACAAAGCUUCUGACAGCACGUGCGAAUCUAUUCUGGAUGCUAAUCAACGUACGCUUGAAACUCUUCAUGACUUUUUGGAGUCAAAUGCAGAUGCUGUUCGCUUCCGAGAAAAACUUGAAGAGUCCUACUACUUUAGAGAAUUCGAUGCAGAAAAGGACUUCAACCUAGAUUUUAUCUUCCGACAAGUUCCUACCAUCUUUAAUGUAUCUGAUAGUGAACGCAUCGGCAUGCGAGCCUUCCUUAAGGUGGAUCCCCAAGUAGCCGACCUGUUCCCGUUGAUCAACCUCGAAAGAACUGCUAUAAAAGCCUCUGCUGGAAGUUUAGAAGAGUUGCUAGCAAAUGACCCUGCUCCUGUGGAAAACAAAGACGAUGCAUCGUUCCAAAAGAAGAUCAUGCCUUGGGAAAUGAUGCUAGAAAGCGACAUUGAUUUGACCAAAAAUCUGGUUCGGCAUAAUCGCCGACGAAACGAUCUGAUUGUGGUUGCUAGUUUAAUUGACCGUCUGCCCAACCUUGCUGGCUUGUGCCGUACGUGCGAAAUUUUCAAUGCUGGUCUGCUCACAGUCCAUAAUCUGAAGAUUAAGGACGAUCAGAAUUUCCUCGGUAUCAGUGUAUCAUCCGAGAAAUGGAUGCCCAUGAAAGAGGUCACGGAACCUGAUGUAGCCGCAUUCUUGACUGAGAAGAAGGCGGAAGGCUAUCUGCUGUGCGGAUUGGAGCAGACCACCACCAGUACUCCAUUACAAGAAUUCGACUUCCCAAGAAAAUGCGUUUUGCUAUUGGGUAAAGAAAAAGAAGGCAUCCCAGCUCAUCUCCUACAGAUGCUGGAUCACACCAUUGAGAUCCCGCAAUUUGGAAUCACUCGAUCCUUGAAUGUCCACGUUAGCGCAUCCAUCUGUAUCUAUGAAUAUACCAAGAGACAAUUAACUGGAUAAAUGUCGACCGCUAUAUUAUACAUCUUUCUUUGGCCGAUUUUAAAAUGCCUAGAAUAGGUAAAACAUCCUGCUAUCAAAUAAAAAUUAUCGUGGCAGCCAAACGUUUACUUUGAUCGAUGC